GGUCCCGGGGCCGGUGCCGGCCCGGGGGGGCCCGAGGCGGCGCGGGGCCCCGAGCCGCGCUCCCCGCCCGCCCCCGAUUACGAGGCGCUGCCGCAGGGCGCCGCCGUCUCCACGCACAUGCUGGCGGGCGCCGUGGCGGGCGUCAUGGAGCACUGCGUGAUGUACCCCGUCGACUGCGUCAAGACGCGGAUGCAGAGCCUGCGGCCGGAGCCCGCCGCCCGGUACCGGAACGUGCUGGAGGCCCUGUGGCGCAUCGCCCGCACCGAGGGCGUCUGGCGGCCCAUGCGGGGCAUGAACAUCACCGCCACCGGCGCCGGCCCGGCCCACGCCCUCUACUUCGCCUGCUACGAAAAGUUAAAAAAGACGCUGAGCGACGUUAUCCACGCGGGGGGCAAUAGCCAUGUGGCCAACGGUGCAGCCGGGUGUGUAGCAACGUUGCUCCACGAUGCAGCCAUGAACCCUGCUGAAGUGGUCAAACAGAGGAUGCAGAUGUACAACUCGCCUUACCAGCGUGUGACGGACUGUGUGCGGGCUGUGUGGCACAACGAAGGGGCCGGAGCUUUCUACCGCAGCUACACCACCCAGCUCACCAUGAACAUCCCCUUCCAAGCCAUUCACUUCAUGACCUACGAGUUCUUGCAAGAGCAGCUCAACCCCCACAGACAGUACAACCCAGGCUCCCACGUGGUCUCCGGAGCCUGUGCGGGGGCUGUCGCUGCCGCUGCCACUACGCCUUUGGACGUUUGCAAAACGCUGCUCAACACCCAGGAGUCCCUGGCCUUGAGCUCCAACAUCAGCGGACACAUCACAGGCAUGGCCAAUGCCUUCAGGACGGUGUACCAAGUGGGCGGCGUGACCGCCUACUUCAGAGGGGUCCAGGCAAGAGUCAUUUAUCAGAUGCCCUCAACGGCGAUCGCCUGGUCUGUGUACGAGUUCUUCAAAUACAUCCUCACCAAGCGCCAGGAGGAGCGGCGGGCUGGGAAGUGAGCCAGAGCCAAACGCCAUUCCAGACCUGCUUCAUCUCCCCUCCUGGGUCCUCCGAGAUGUCCCACUGGGAGUUCCAGCCCAGGUCACGUCCCCUGGCACUUCGGUGGAGCUGUGCUCCUGUCCUUCCCUUAACCAAAACCUCCUCUCACGCAAAGCUCGCCCCUCCUUGGAGGGGAAAGUGAAUGUCCUGCCCUGCCUCUGGCAGGGCCAAGCUGAGCUCGGAGUCGCCAAGGAGGGGGCGGUGGCAGCACUGCCCGGGAUGCUGGGGACUUUGUAUGGCUUUUGGCUGAAGCAAAGUGUAAGCCUUGCCGUUGUCUUGUAGCACGCACACGUGAUGCUGACUGCCCCGCUGGUGGUGGGGGGGGGGGGAGGAUGGCACUUGAGGAGGGGAGCCUGUAGGUUUGUUGUUGUUCCUGCUCUUGACACCUCCAAUAAAAACAGUUCUGCUCUA